AUGGCCCGCCGCCUCAGUCACCAUGACUACACGGUCGGGUGGGUAUGCGCCUUGCCGGACGAGCUGACUGCCGCUCAGGAGAUGCUUGACGAAGAACAUCAGAAUCUUCCUUCAAAUCACACCGAUUCAAAUAUAUACACCCUAGGGUCCAUAGGAGCCCAUAAUGUCGUCCUGGCGUGUCUGCCUGCAGGCCAGACCGGUACCAACUCUGCUAUGGCAGUGGCCAUGCAGAUGAAAACUACGUUUCCCGCCGUUCGAUUUGGACUGAUGGUAGGAAUUGGGGGCGGCGUUCCAAGCAAAGAAGCAGAUAUUCGGCUUGGCGACGUUGUUGUCAGCCAGCCGGGCAACGGUCAUGGCGGGGUAGUGCAAUACGACUUUGGAAAGUCAACUCCAAGCGGGUUCAAGCGGACGGGGUUCCUCAAUGCUCCGCCCACAAUCCUCCUCGCCGCCGUUACGAAGCUUCGAUCCAACCUCGACCGAGGGAAAAGUAGUCUGUCGCCACACCUUUCGAAGCUUGGUAACCUCCCCAAGUUCGGCCGUGAUCAAGCAGGAAGCGAUUUCCUGUUCGAAGCGGAGUACAAUCAUAGUGGAGAGGAUAGCUGUCUAUCAUGUACGACCGCGAGGACGAUACAGAGGAACGAACGGGCGGACAAUAUACCUAUGAUUUACUACGGUGCAAUCGCGUCGGGGAACCAGGUAAUGAGGGACGGAGUCGAACGGGACAAGAUUAGCUCAGACUUCGGAGGAGUUCUCUGCUUUGAGAUGGAGGCGGCCGGGCUGAUGAAUACUUUUCCAUGCCUGGUGAUCCGCGGAAUCUGCGACUACGCUGACUCCCACAAGAAUAAGAGAUGGCAGCCAUACGCGGCGGGAACAGCAGCGGCAUACGCGAAGGAGUUGCUAGGCGUGAUACCGGUGGCGGAUGUGGUGAACACGCAAACGGUCGAUGAAGCACUACGAGGGGCGAAGCGUACCUUUUACCUCCCGUUCGAAAGAAAUCACAAGUUUAUCGGUCGGAAUGCAGAGCUCGAUACGCUGAAGCAAAAGCUCCUAGUAAAUAAAGAUUGUCAGAAAGUAUCGCUCAGCGGUCUUGGUGGUAUCGGUAAGACACAAGUCGCGCUACAAUUCGCAUAUUCAGUUAAGGAGGACUGUCCAGAAUACUCUAUUUUCUGGGUACAAGCGUUGAGUAUGGAGACGUUUGAGCUAAGCUGCAGGGAGAUAGCGGGAGUAUUAGGGAUACGCCAGGAGCAAGAGGGCGGCGAAGACCUGAAAAUCCUAGUGCGGCAACGGCUAAGUGCAAAGACCGCAGGAAAGUGGUUGCUAGUUAUCGACAACGCUGACGACCUUGACUUGCUUCGCGGGACCUAUCAAACAGAAGGGUUGCUGGCCUUUCUGCCAGAAAGCGAUGGUGGCCUGACUAUAUUUACGACGCGGCAUGGAGCUGUAGCGCAGUACUUGGCGGGCAGCGAUGUGGUUGAGAUAGGAAAAAUGACGAGACAGGAGACGACGGACUUGUUACAUAAGUCUCUAGUUCGAAAGAAUCCUUCUGACAACUUCGAGACUGUGGUGAAUCUUCUGGCCGAACUGGAGUACCUCCCGUUGGCUAUCACCCAGGCAGCAGCAUAUAUAAACACCAACAAAGGCUCCAUCUCCGAGUAUUUACGCCUAUUAAAGAAGACAGAGCAGGAUGCCGUCGCACUCAUAAGCACGGAUUUCGGCGAUAAAACACGAUAUCGGAACUCGAUGAAUGCGGUUGCGAAGACGUGGACGAUCACCUUCAACAAAAUUCUCGAAUACGAUACGUUAGCUACAGAUCUCCUCGCAUUUAUAUCUUGCAUUGAGUGGAGAGCAAUCCCAUACUCUAUUUUACCAGCAGCGUAUCCUGAAGCACGGCUGGUAGGAGCCAUCGGUACACUCUGCUCCUACUCGUUUCUGGAGAGAAGAGACGAUGGCACUAAGCUCGACAUGCAUAGGCUAGUCCACUUGGCGACAAGGAUGUGGAUAAAUCAGAAUGGUCGUAAAACAGAAACGACAAUAGCUGCAUUAAAUCACCUGGUGGAAGUCUUUCCAUCCGACGAUUACACUAAUCGGGAGAUCUGGCGGGAUUACCUGCCGCAUGUGGCACGGAUAGAGAAGGACGAGCAAUGCCAAGAUACGGAAGAGAAGAGCAAGCUCUGUCUCAAAGUCGGUCAGUGCUUAUACGUUGAUGGGCGGAUAAAAGAAGCUGUUCUUUGGUUACAGGAGUCUUGCGAAUGGAGGGAUAUAAAUCUUCCUCGAAGUAACACUGAUCGACUGACAUCGCAGCACACGCUCGCUAUAGCAUAUCAAGCCAAUGGACAGAUCAAGGAGGCGGCUAAACUACUAGAAAAUAUCAAGGAGGCGGUUAAACUACUAGAAAAUGUUGUCGCGAUAGAAUCAGAAGUACUCGCAGAAGACCACCCCUCACGACUAGCGUCGCAGCAUGAGCUCGCUGGAGCAUAUCAAACAAAUAGUCAAAUCAAGAAGGCAGUUAAACUGCUAGAACAUAUUGUCGCGAUAGAAUCAGAAAUGCUUACAAAAGACCAUCCCUUACAAUUGGCGUCGCAGCAUAAGCUCGCUCGAGCAUAUCAAGCAAAUAGUCAGAUCAAGGAGGCAGUUAAACUGCUAGAAUAUAUUGUCGCGAUAGAAUCAGAAGUACUCGCAGAAGACCACCCCUCACGACUAAUAUCGCAGCACACGCUCGCUGGAGCAUAUCAAGCCAAUGGACAGAUCAAGAAGGCGGUAAAACUGCUAGAACAUGUUGUCGCGAUAGAAUCGGAAGUGCUCGCAGAAGACCAUCCUGAUCGGCUGUUAUCGGAGAGGACCCUUGCUGCUUUCAACAAGGAUCUGAUGAAGAGAUCCAGAACAAGACAGGCUUCUGCAACUCCGCAAGCAAUGUCUGAAAACAAUGUCACUUCCACUGCGCUAUCAGAUCAAUCACCAGCAGAACAGGAUCCGAAGCUAAGCUACAAGUCGAAAGGAAGGCUUCUCGUGAGGCAACUAAAGGGCUUUUUAAAGAAGGUCAAUUAG